AUGCAGAUAAGAAGGCACUAUGCUGUUAAGGUCAGUGGAGUAGAUAUAACACCUUAUCCUGUUAAAGGAGGUAAAGAGACCACUUUCAACAUUGCUGCAACUACAGAUGAAAAUAUCAGUGGUGGAAAGUUGGUGAUUGACGUCAAGUAUUUCUUCCUACACGUCCACCAAGAGUCCCAUGACAUCUGUAAAGAGACAUCUUGCCCAGUUUAUGGUGAUUUUGUGCUUUCUCACUCUCAAGCUUUACCUGGAAUUACUCCCCCCGGCUCAUAUACUCUUACGAUGAAAAUAGUAGAUGGAAGCAAUCAAGAAUUGUCAUGCAUAACCUUUGGCUUCAGUAUUAGUUUAGUUGCAGUUGCUGAGUCCAUAGCAGUAGUAGAUAGUUAAGUAGUUGUCACUAUGAACCAUGAACUAAGUGUGUCAUUGUGCUCUACAAAUCAUGUAAAUGAGCUUACUUUGCAAAACUUUGUCCCUCUU